AUGACGUUACUCUUCAAACGACUUCAAGAACUUUGCCACUACUCUGUGAAUUCCGAAGGAAUCAGGAGUCGAUUCAUUUUCGCAACUCCAUCGGCGGUUGGGGUAGAACGACCUAACUCCAGGCGCAAUCGCGUAACGGUUGCUCCCAAAAUUUUAAUGCUUGGACACACGUUCAGCUCUGCAGACGCAUUAGAGUUAGCGAGAAUCCUAAUCUUAACCAUUUACGCAAAUUCAAAACCGCAGGAAAUGAAGUGGUCUUUCAUUCUUUUCUUCGUCGCUUUGAUCUGCGCAGGAGUCUUUGAGGCUGCUGCGGCUGGAGAUAAGAAGGGUUCGAUAAACAGACCUUGGAUGGGCGGUUUCCCCACAGAUUCACCACAGUAA